AUCAUUCACUGAAGACCAAAUAAGUAGCUAUGCAAAAUUCUCACAUGGAUGAGUACAGAAACUCUGAUAAUGGCAGCACAGGCAACAGUUCAGAGGUAGCAGUAGAACAUCCAGAUUUUAGUACUGAGAUUAUGAACGUUACAGAGAUGGAGCAAUCACCCGAUGGUUCUCCCAGCGUGAAUGCAUCUACAGAAGAAAAUGAAAUGGCAAAUGCUGUGGACCUUCCAGUGACAGAAACAGAAGGAAACUUCCCUCCAGAAUUUGAAAAAUUUUGGAAAACAGUAGAAACUAAUCCUCAGGAUUUUACAGGCUGGGUAUAUUUGCUUCAGUACGUAGAACAGGAGAAUCACUUGACGGCUGCCAGAAAAGCAUUUGACAAAUUUUUCAUACAUUACCCAUAUUGCUAUGGUUACUGGAAAAAGUAUGCUGACCUUGAAAAACGACAUGACAACAUUAAACAAUCAGACGAGGUUUAUCGACGGGGGCUUCAGGCAAUACCUCUUAGUGUUGAUCUUUGGAUACAUUAUAUAAACUUCUUAAAAGAAACAUUGGACCCUGGUGAUCCUGAGACAAACGGUACAAUAAGAGGAACUUUUGAGCAUGCUGUUCUAGCUGCAGGAACAGAUUUUCGAUCUGACAAACUAUGGGAAAUGUAUAUAAACUGGGAAAAUGAACAGGGCAAUCUGAGAGAAGUUACAGCUGUGUAUGAUCGUAUUCUUGGUAUUCCAACGCAGCUCUACAGUCAUCAUUUCCAGAGAUUUAAAGAACAUGUACAGAAUAACUUGCCUAGAGAUCUUUUAACUGAGGAACAGUUCAUUCAACUGAGAAGGGAAUUAGCUUCUGUAAAUGGACACAGUGGUGAUGAUGGACCUCCUGGUGAUGACCUUCCAUCAGGAAUUGAAGACAUAACUGAUCCAGCAAAGCUAAUUACUGAAAUAGAAAACAUGAGACACAGAAUCAUUGAAAUUCAUCAAGAAAUGUUUAACUAUAAUGAGCAUGAAGUUAGUAAGAGGUGGACAUUUGAAGAAGGUAUUAAAAGACCAUAUUUUCAUGUGAAACCAUUGGAAAAGGCCCAACUAAAGAACUGGAAAGAAUACUUAGAAUUCGAAAUUGAAAAUGGAACUCAUGAAAGAGUUGUGGUUCUCUUUGAAAGAUGUGUCAUAUCUUGUGCCCUCUAUGAGGAGUUUUGGAUUAAGUAUGCCAAGUACAUGGAAAACCAUAGCAUUGAAGGAGUGAGGCAUGUCUUCAGCAGAGCUUGUACUGUUCAUCUUCCAAAGAAACCCAUGGCACAUAUGCUUUGGGCAGCUUUUGAAGAACAGCAGGGGAACAUUAAUGAAGCCAGAACUAUCUUGAGAACGUUUGAAGAAUGUGUUCUAGGAUUGGCAAUGGUUCGAUUGAGAAGAGUAAGUUUAGAACGACGUCAUGGAAAUAUGGAAGAAGCUGAACAGUUGCUUCAAGAUGCUAUAAAGAAUGCCAAAUCAAAUAAUGAAUCAUCAUUUUAUGCUAUCAAACUAGCCCGACAUCUUUUCAAAAUACAAAAAAAUCUUCCAAAAUCAAGAAAGGUACUUUUGGAAGCAAUCGAAAGAGAUAAGGAGAACACAAAGUUAUACCUCAAUUUACUUGAAAUGGAAUACAGUUGUGACCUCAAACAAAAUGAAGAAAAUAUCCUCAAUUGCUUUGACAAAGCCAUACAUGGUUCAUUGCCUAUUAAAAUGAGAAUUACAUUUUCUCAAAGAAAGGUGGAAUUCCUUGAAGAUUUUGGUUCAGAUGUUAAUAAGCUUCUGAAUGCAUAUGAUGAACAUCAAACACUCCUAAAAGAACAGGAUACCUUAAAAAGGAAAGCUGAAAAUGGUUCAGAAGAACCAGAAGAAAAGAAAGCCCACACCGAAGAUAUGUCAUCAGCGCAGAUCAUUGACGGGGACUUACAGGCAAAUCAAGCUGCAUAUAAUUACAGUGCUUGGUAUCAGUACAAUUAUCAGAAUCCUUGGAAUUAUGGACAGUAUUAUCCUCCACCUCCAACCUGAUGGAAAAAUGUAAAUUUCAGAUUGGUUAUAUGAGAAAUUCAGAAUUAUUUUUUUGAAGGAUGUAAACAUAGCAUAAGCUUGUUGUAUUUGAUAAUUUGUCUUCCCAGUUUCUGUGUAACAUUUGUUUAGUUAAUAGUAGAAAAUGUCAAUUAGUAGUGUACCAUAGAAACUUUCCUACCAUUUUUAAAAUUUACUUUAUAUUGGAGAACUAUUUUUUUUAUUUUUACUUUAUUUUCAUUAAGUGGUCUAGAAUUCUAUUGCAGCUCCUGCAAAAGAUUUGUAGCCUUAAGUGUAGGGGAAAAAACUGACUGCAAAUCAUGUCAGUUACAAGAUUCUGGGAAAAAAAAAAUAAGGGCUGGUUAUUGAGAAUUUUCUCUCCUUAUAAAAUAGAUUUAAAAGAAAGAUUUUUAAUCUUAAAUCCUAAGGUUGUGUAUAUGUUUCAGUUAUAGUUGGAAAUUUGGCUCUAAUUGUAAGAAAGAUGAACUAUUAAUAUUAUAAAUGAGAAAGUAUAAUGUCAACAUCCCCUUUUGAAAUGAAAUAUCAAAGUAUGUUUUGAAAACUUUGUAUCUAGAAUGUUCAUGUAAAACUUGUGAGGAGUAAGCUUUCAUUUUGAUCAAAGUUAUCGUUUUUGUAAUAAAAAUGACUCAUGCAGCAA